AUGAACAGCAUCAAAGACUUGCGGCAGGGGAACAAGCAGCUGGCUGUGCAGAACAUCAAGUUGCAAAGGACAAUCGAGGCGGCAGAAGAGCUCAAUUUGCGACUUUCCGAGGAGAUCGCUGAGCUGAAAGGAAAGCUGAGAGGCACCCAGCAAGCGCUAGAGCAAGCUAGAGCAUUGGCAAACGAAUUAGAAGACCUGAAGUCUUCUUCCAGAAGUUUGGAAGAGGAGAACAGCAAACUUCGCGCACAAGGCCGGCAGCUGGAAAAAGAACUACAGUGCCUUUUGAUUCAACUGGAUAACCUGCAGGAAGAGAACAGAAAGCUGCUUCUGGAAAAAGAAAGCUGUAAAAAUAAAAUCAAACAGCUGUGUACAGAGAGGGCCAAAAUGAAGUCUCAGCUCUGUGAGUGUGAAAACCUUAUCUCCUGCAGAGAUAACGCCCUGAACAAGAAAGAGAAACGGACUGAAGAGCUGACAGUGACCCUAGAUGAAUACCAAAUGAUGGUACAGGAAUUGAAACUGGAAGUCAACAGGCUUCAGGAGCAGCUGUGCCAUUCCCAGGAAGAUGGAGAAGGGCUGCCAAGAAAGUCCCUAGAAAAUGUGAAGACCUGCUGCAUACAGGCCCAAGCACAGCCACUCUCCAUGGAGAUUGAAGAAUCACAGAAAGAGUUUGGUGAGGAAGAUGGUCUGCCUAGCCCUUUGUGUGGGACGAAGCCCUCUUUUGCGACAUGUGGAGUUGCUCCAGAAGAAUGCAGAACUUUGACAGAAGAUCUGACUGCGCAGUCUGUGCACAUCAUUUUGAAAUUUAAUGGGCCCUUCCCCUUUCUGGUUCCAACGUCAGAGUUCCCUGACAUCACGGAUAGUGGAGUUUGCGUAAAUGGGCUCUGGUCCACAAAAGCCGGCACUGGAAUAGUCUUCAGGGCUGAAUGUACUAACCUUCCAGAAAUCACAGCAGUCAGCUCAGCAGAACAGUCUGAACCAGCCCCUGAAGAACAGGCUUUAGUCCCGGUGUACUACGAGCUAACGCCAACUGGUGGGAAGAAGGCAUGCAACAAAUGGUUUGCAAGUCUAAUGGAAGGGUUCCUUGAUAUCCCAUUAUGGUACCUCUUACUGCACACCUUGCAAAAAGUGGUGCUUCUUGGACUCCUCCUUGCAUGUGUCACAUUACUGGCAAUAGUGUAUUUAGUGCUACCGUAUGGCCAUAUUGUCUGGGCCGAAUCCAGGAGAAAUCCUUGGCCUCAGCUGCAGUUGCGAUACUUGCGACCACCACCGAUCUAG